UGCUCCAUGGUGCCUUUGAAAACCUGUGAAGAUGUGGUUGUGUUUUUCUCUGGGUCAGCCGGGACGGAGGAAUACAAUUCCUGUCCAGGACUAUUGGUGUCCACCGUGGGCAAGGCUCUUUCUGAAGACUGGUGAACCUUCUCUGCAUUUGUGCUGUCUGCAGAAGUGGCGUGUGUUGCAGGUGAUGUGGUAAUCAUAUUUAGACGUGGCCUGGCUCCAGCGUCUAGACUUGGGUUCAAAAUAUCUGUGCCCUUUACCUUUUCAGAACUGAGCAGUGAUGAAACAGUAGCCAGGGGAGUGGAGCUACUCUCUGGUGAUAUAGAGGAGAGAGGAGAAGUGGAGGGCCCUUCAUAGGAGGGUUUCCAGGAAACAUCGAAGGCCAUUUCAUCCGCAGAGGGUGCACUUGUUCUUGACACAUCCUCAGGACGCCUGCUCCUAACAGUGGCCGAGUGAGGAAGACUCUGAGUCAUGCCUGAGGUGGUUCCCAGCCCUGCAGUUCUGAGUGACGGGCUUUCACGGUGGCCUGACUGGGUGGAGGUGGUUGUGUCUGCAGACUCCAUCAUGACAGUGGAGCUAGAGGACCCAGAGAUGAUGGUUCCAGUGGGGGCGUCUGGUGACUGUGGGUGCCGAGCUGGAUGUGGGACGGCUGUCUUCCAAGAGGAGAGGGUUUCUGUCUGGGACACUGCAGUGGCAGCACCGGUGGCCUCUUCAGAAGGGCCAGCGCUGGCCUCUCUUACUGAGCUGCUUCCCUCAGAGGAGCUGGUUGCCCUCAGCCCAGUGGUCAGAGAGGAGGCUGACCCUCUGUGUGUCCUGGUAGUGUCAAAGAAAUCAGGGGUUGAUGGGAGAAACCUUGUGUCCCCCAAGGCAGAGGCAGCUACCUGUGGAGAUGUGGCUAUGGAUGACUCUGGGUCAGCUGGGGCAGAGGAAGGGGAUCUUUGUCCAGGUCUAGUGGCCUCCACUGUGGUCGCUGCUGCCUCUGAGGAAGGGGGAACGUUCUCUGACUCUGGGGUGACUUCAGAGGAGGCCAGUGCGCUAACUGGGGCACUGCUCAGAUUUAGAGAUGGACUGGAUUCUGGUUCUGGGCUUGGGCUUACAACUUCUGUGGUCUUCCCCAGAGCAGAGAUGAGCAGGGCAGAAGCUGUGAGAGGAGCGGAGGGGCUGCUCGCAGGUAACACGGAGGGAGCAGGAGAGGGUGAGGCCGUGGCAGGGAGCAACAGCAGGGCAGACACUGUGGUUGCCUCCUCCUCAGAGGCCCUGCUCACCCUCAGCACAUUCCCGGGACUUGUGCCCAGGAGCCCUGUCACCUCUGAGUGGGGGAGACCCUGAGUCCCCACAGACGUGGCCCCAGCCCGUUGUGCUGUUGUAAACAUGCCCCUGGUGAGGGGCCUCUGUGUUGCAGUCCUGAAGUGACCUGAGCGGGUGGCAAUGGUCAGGCCUGCAGUCUCAGUCGUGACAGGGUAGCCAGGGAGCUCUGUGAUCUUUCCCCCGGGGGGCUCUGGUGACUCUGUGGGCUCAGCAAUGCCCAGGGUGGGAUUUCCAACAGAGGAGGCGGGCUCUGUCCUAGAGGGCUCGUCAGUAGCACCAGCUGGCACGUCGACAGUGCCUGUGUCUAUCCCUGCUGUGGAGACCUCAGAGGCGCUGGUCUCCUUCAGUCUACCUGUCUCUGUGUGCGUCCUGCUGGUGUCGGGUAAGGCAGGCACCGUGGUAAGCACACUGGCAUCCCCCAUGGUGGCAUCAGAAACCCCUGAAGGUACAGCUGUGCUUGUCUCUGGGCCAGCUGGAACGGACAGAUAUGACUCCUGUCCAGGACUUGUGUGCCACGCAGCCGCAGCACUUUCUGAAGAACCGACUUUCUCUGUGUCUGUGGUGUCCGCAGAGGCGGGCUGUACUGUGAGUAGGGUGGCACUCAAGUUCAGAGACAACCCCAUUCCAGCUGCAGAGCCUGUGGUCGGAACGUCGGUGCUCUUCAGCCUGCCAGGGGUGAGCAGUGAAGAAACAGUGAGGUGGGAAGGGCGGCUGCUCUUGGGAAGUACGGAGGCCACAGGAGGUGAGGUCCCAUCAUGCCAUGUUCUGGGGGAAACGCCAGACGUUGUCGCCUCCACAGGGGCCGUGCUUGCCCUGGACACGUUCUCGGGACUCCCGCGCAUAAAGGUGUUCAUUUCUGAGUUGGGAGCACUCUGAGUCUCGGCUGCAUGAGGCUGUGCCCGAGAGCUGGUGGCUGACUUUCCCCCAGUGAGAGUGCUGUGUGUUGUGUCCUCAGCAUGACUUGCUGGGGUGGCAGUGGUCAUGUCUACAGAUGCUCCAGUGGCAGGAGAGUUAGAGGCCCUGGAGGUGCUUCCCGGGUGGGUGUGUGGUGAUGCUGUGGGCUGAACUGGGCUAGGGAUGUGUGCUUGGCCUGAGUUGACUUCUGUCCUGGACACCACAGUGGUCGCACCAGCUGGCAUUUCAGAAACGUCCCUGCUGGCCUGUGGAGCUGGGUUGCCUGCCUCAGAGCUGCUGGGCUCGCUCAGUCCCGUGGUCAGGAAGGAAGGCAGCCUGGUGUCCUCUUCCAGGCUGGUGCUCAAAUCCUCCGUGGUUGUCUUCAGGCCAGGCGUGAGCAGCGAAGGAGUGGAAAGAGAAGAGGUGCUGUCCCCUGCUAAGGGAGAGAGUUCAGGGGGUGAGGUCAUGGAAGCGAAGGCCAGCAGAGAGUCAGAAGUCGUUUUACCCAGAGAGGGUGGGCUUGUCCUUGACACGCCCCCAGGACCUGUGCCUCUGAGAGCAGUCCCUUCUGAGUGAGGAAGACUCGCUGUCACGGCCACAGUGGACCUUGUCCGUGACACUGUGGUUGACUUUGCUACAGACAGGGCGCUGUGUGUUGUAGCCUUGAAAUGUCCCGUUGGGGUGGUGAUGCUCAGGCCUGCAGUUUCUAUCAAGGCAGGGGAGUUAGAGAGCCUGGAGAGCUUUCCAGUGGGGAGUUGUGGUGACUCUGUGGGUGCAACAAAGCUUGGGACGUGUGCAUGGCUAGAGGAGAAGACUUCCGUCCUGGGAGCCUCAGUGGCAGCACCAGCAGGAGAGGCAAAAAGGUCACUGCUGGCCUCUGCACUUGAGCCGGUUGCCUCAGAGCUGCUGGUCCCUGUCACUCUCAUGGUCAGCAAGAAAGGUGGGCUGGUUUUCUCUCCCGGGCUGGUGGUCAGAUCCUCUGGGGUCCCCUUCAGGCCGGGCAUGAGCAGUGAAGUGGUGAGAGCCAAAGUGGGGCUGUCCUCUGCUAACGUGGACAUGGCAGGUGAGGUCUUGGUCGAGGACGAGAGCAGGAAAGGCUCUGAAGCUGUUUUAUCCACAGAGAGUGGCAGGGUCCUUGACACGUUCUCAGGCCCCCUGCUCCCAAGAAAAGUGACCUCUGAAUGAGGAAGGUGCGGAGUGGCGGUGGAGGGGGUCUCGACACACAAGACCGUGUUGGAGGCAUCGUGGGUUGCUGCCCCCUGAUGACCAGCCUGGGUGGAGAUGGUUGUGUGUGAAGAUCGCAUCAUCACAGAGGAGCUAGAGAACCCAGAGAUCUUCCCAGCUGCGCCAUCUGCUGACCAUGUGGGUUGAGUUGACUGUGGGUUGGGUGUCCUGCCAGAAGAGAUGACCUCUGUCCUGGACACCACAGUGGCAGCACCGGUGGCCCCUUCAGAAGGGCCAGCGCUGGUCUCUGCUGCCAAUCCGGUCGCCUCAGGGGUGCUGGCUGCUCUCCAUCCAGUGGUCAGGGAAGGGGUUUGCCCUCCGUGCAUCCUCUCCAUGUCUGAGAAGUCGGGAUUUGAUGGGGAAAUACUUGUGUCCCCCGAGGCGGAGGCAGCCCCCUGUGGAGACGUGGCUGUGGAUGACUCUGGGUCAGCUGGGGCAGAGGAAGGGGCCCCUUGUCCAGGUCUGGUGGGCUCCACUGUGCUCGCUGCUGCCUCUGAGGAAGGGGGAAUGUUCUCUGACUCUGGGGUGACUUCAGAGGAGCCCAGUACACUAACUGAGGUGCUACUGAAAUUUAGAGACAAGUUGGUUUCUGGUUCCAGGCUUGGGAUUAAAGCUUCUGUGGUCUUCUUCAGACCAGAGGUGAGCUGGGCAGAAGUGGCCAGAGGAGAGGAGGGGCUGCUCACAGGUAGCAUGGAGGGAGCAGGAGAAGGUGGGGUCACCGCAGGGGAGGACAGCAGGGCAGAGACAGAGGCUGCUUCCUCCACAGAGGCCGUGCCUGCCCUGGACACAUGCUCAGGACCCAUGCUCAGGAGACUGGUCUCUGGGUGGUCAGUCUCCAUGGAUGUGGUCCCUGCCCGCCACGCUGUGGUUGCCUUUUCCCCAGCAAAGAUGCUCUGUGUUGUCGUCCUGGGAGGUCCUGCUUCAGUGCUGACAGUCACAGGUACAGAUUCUGUAACUUGAGGGGACUUAGAGAACAAGGUCUCCCCAGUGUGAGUGUGGGGUGAUUCUGUGGGUUGAGCUGGGCUAGCAAUGUGUGCUUGAUUAGAGGAGGUGGCUUCCUUCCCAGACACCGCAGGGGUAGCAGUGGACAAGUCAGAAAGCUCAGCGCCAGUCUCUGGUGUGGAGUGGCUCUCCUUGGAGGACCUGGUUGCUCUCAGUCCACUGGUCAGGGCAGAGGCUGACUCUCUGUGUGUCCUUUCAGUGUCGGAAAGGUCGGGGAUUAGUGGGAGAAACCUUGUGUCCCCCAAGGUGGAGGCGGCCUCCUGUGGGGAUGUGGCUGUGGGUGACGCUGGGUCAGCUAGGGCAGAGGAAGGGGCCUCUUUUCCAGGUCUGGUGGUCUCCGCUGUGGUCGCCGAUGCCUCUGGGGAAGAGGGAAUGUUCUCUGACUCUGGGGUGACUUCAGAGGAGGCCAGCAUGUUCACUGAAGUGCUACUCGGGUUUAGAGAAGGACUGGAUAAUGGUUGCCAGCUUGCGUUCAAAAGCUGUGUGUGCCCCGUCAGACCAGAGGUGAGCUGUGCAGACUCAGUCAGAGAGGAGGGGGAGCUGCUCUCUGAUGGUGUAGAGGCAGCAGAAGGUGAGGCCACGGCAGGGAAAGCCAGGAGGGCAGAGCUGGAGGCUGCUUCCCCCACAGAGGCAGUGUGUGGUCUCAGUGCACCCUCAGGGCCCGUGCUUGGACGACCUGUCCCCUCCAAGGGCUGCGUCUCCAUUGAUGAGGUGGUCGCCUUUUCCCCAGGGAGGGUGCUCUGUGUUGGUGCUCCCAGGGUACUUGUUUUGGUGGUGAUGGUCACGUGUGCAGAGCCUGUCAUGAUAGGAUACUUGGAGAACCUGGAGAUCUUUCCAGUGAGGGAGUGUGGUGAAACCGUGGAUUGAGCUGGGCUAGAAGUGAUGGCUUCCAUCCUGGUCUCCUCAGUGGUAGCUCCAGCAGGCAAUUCAGAAAGGGCAGUGCUGGUCUCUGCAUUUGACCUGGCCGCCUCAGGGCCACUGGUCUCCCUCACUCUGGUGAUCAUCUCCACUUCCACGCGCGUGCUCGAAUCCUCUGUGGCCUUCUCCAGGCCAGCCAUGGGCAGUGAAGGCAUGGAAGGAGAUAAGGAGGUGCCAGCCACUGCCAACAUGGAGGAGGCAGGAAGUGAGGUCCCAGCAGGAGCAGACGGCUGGGGAGGGUCAGAGAUUGUAUCCACUGAGGGCUGGCGAGUCCUUGACACAUCCACAGGACCUCUGCCCCUAGGAGUGGUGACGUCCGAGUGAGGAAGACCCUGAGUCACACUCGAGGGGGUCCCCACCCAUGCCGUGUGCCCACGGAGAUCCCUGCCAUGACCUGACUGAGUGGACGUGGUCAUGUCUGCAGACUCUGUCCUCACAGGGAAGCUGGAGACCCCAGAGGUCUUUCUAAUAGUGACGUCUGGCCACUGUGUGUACUGAGUUGUGGGAGGGACAAAGGUGCUGCCAGAAGAGAUGAGUUUGCUCCUGGCUACCUCCGUGGAGGCACCCGUGGCCCCUUCAAUAAGGCCAGUGCUGGUCUCUGCUGCUGAGCUGGUUGCCUCAGGGGUGCUGGCUGCUCUCCAUCCAGUGGUCAGGGAAGGGGUUUGCCCUCCGUGCAUCCUCUCCAUAUCUGAGAAGUCGGGAUUUGAUGGGGAAAUACUUGUGUCCCCCGAGGCGGAGGCAGCCCCCUGUGGAGAUGUGGCUGUGGAUGACUCUGGGUCAGCUGGGGCAGAGGAAGGGGCCCCUUGUCCAGGUCUGGUGGGCUCCACUGUGCUCGCUGCUGCCUCUGAGGAAGGGGGAACAUUCUCUGACACUGGGGUGACUUCGGAGGAGGCCAGUACACUAACUGAGGUGCUACUCAGAUUUGGAGAAGGACUGGAUUCUGGUUCUGGGCUUGCGCUCACAGCUUCCGUGGUCUUCACGAGACCAGUGGUGAGCCGAGGAGAAACAGUCACAGACGAAGGCGAAGGUGAGGUCGUGGUGGGGAGAGACACCAAGGCAGAGACAGAGGCCGUGCUCCGCCGUGACACAUACUCAGGACUUGUGCCCAGAAGGCCUCCCAUCUCUGAGUGGGGGAGACUCCGGAUCCCCUCUGAUGUGGUCCUUGUCCACCAUGUUGUGGCUGCCGUGUCCCCAGUGAGCAUGCUCCGUGUUGCGGUCCUGGGAUGAUCAGUCUGUGUGCUGACGGUCAGGCUCACAGAUUCAGACAAGACAGGGGAACGGGAGAACCCAGCAGCAGUGUCUCCAGCGGGGGUAUCUGCAGACCCUGUGGCUCGAGCGAGGCCAAGGAGGGAAUUUCCCCCAGAGGAGACAACUUCUGUGCCUGAGACCACUGUGGUAGGACCACUGGGAAUGUCAGCAAGGCCAGUGGCUGUCCCUAUGGACAUCUCAGGAGUGCUGGCAUCCCUCAGUCUCCUAAUUAGAGAGGAAGUUGGCUCUGUGCGUGUCUGCACAGUGUCAGGCAAUGCACGCCCCACGGUAGAAACGCGUGUCUGUCUCAUGGUGACAUGGGAGACCUGUGACGAUGUGCCUCUGCGAGUGUCUGGGCCAGCUGGGACAGAGGAGUAUGCCUCCUGCCCAGGACUUGUAGGGUCCCGUGUGCUUGUGGCUGCUUCUGAGGACGGAUGGACUCUCCGAGCAUCUGUGACGUCUACAGAGGUACUCAGUAUUUCAAGUGAGGCAGUACUCACAUUUAGAGGUGGCCUGGUUCCAGCUCCUGAGCUUGUGCUCAGAGCGUCCGUGGUCUUCACCCCACCAGAUGUGAGCAGUGAAGAAAUGGUAUCAUGUGAUGAGCGGCUACCCUCCGGUGUUAUGAAGGUGGCAGGAGAAGAUGAGGCUGCAUCGUAGAACGGUUUCCAGGAUCCAUCAGCGGCUGUUUCGCCCACAGGGGUUGAACGUGCCCUUGAUGCCUGCUCAGGAUUCUGCCUCGUUGGAGUGGUCGUUUCCGAGUCAGGACUCUGAGUCUCACCCAUAGGGAACUGUUGCCAUGGGGCUGUGGUUGAUGUUUCCCCAGUGAUGGUGCUGGGUGUCACACCCUCGGAGUGCCCAGACCUGGCAGGAAUGGUCACGUCUGCAGGUUCUGUCGUGACAGAGGAGCUAAAGAAUCCAGACGUCUUUCUAGUGGUGGUGUCUGGUGACUGUGGGGUUCCAGCUGGCUGUCGGGCAGGUGUCUCACCAGAAGAGAGGACUUCUGUCCAGGACACCACAGUGGUAGCACGAGAAAGGCCAGUGCUUGUCCCUACUGUGGAGCUGGUCCCCCCAGAGAGGCUGGUUGCUGUCAGUCCAGUGGUCAGGGAGGACGCUGGCCCUCUGUGUGUCCUUGCAGUAUCAAAGAGGUCAGGGGUUGAUGGGGAAAUACUUGUGUCCCCUAAGGCAGAGGCGGCCACCUGUGGAGACGUGGCUGUGGAUGACUCUAGGUCAGCUGGAGCAGAGGAAGUGGGUCCUUGUGCAGCACUGGUGGUCUCCACCAUGCUUGCUGCUACUUCUGAGGUAGGAGGAACAUUCUCUGACUCUGGGGUGACUUCAGAAGAGACCCAUACACUAACUGGGAUGCUACUCAGAUGUGGAGAUGGACUGGAUUCUGGUUCUGGGCUUGGGCUUAAAACUUCUGUGGUCUUCAUGAGAACAGGGGUAGGCUGGGCAGAAGUGGCCAGAGGAGAGGAAGGGCUGCUCACGGGUAGCAUGGAGGGAGCAGGAGAAGGAGAAGGUGGGGUCACCGCAGGGGAGGACAGCAGGGCAGAGACAGAGGCUGCUUCCUCCACAGAGGCCAUGCCUGCCCUGGACACAUGCUCAGGGCCCAUGCUCAGGAGACCGGUCUCCUCUGGGUGGUUAGUCUCCAUGGAUGUGGUCCCUGCCUGCCAUGCUGUGGUUAUCUUUUCCCCAGGGAGUGUACUGGGUGUGGUAGCCUCAGGAUGUCCCAAGUAGGUGGCCACGGUCACAUCUGCAGAUUCUCUCCUGGCUGGGGAAUCGGAAAGCCUGGAGAGCUUUCCAGCGGGGCUGUGGGGUGGCUCUGUGGAUUGGGUCGGGGUAGCAUUGAGUGCUUCGCUGAAGGAGAUGACCCCUGUCCUGGAGUCCCCAGCAGAAGCACUGGCAGGCAGCUCAGAAAGGCCGGCGCCCGAUCCUGCAGUUGACGUGGUCUCUUUAGAUGCUUUGGUCUCCAGAAACCCACUUGUCAGGGAGGAAGCUUGUCCAGUGUGAGGAGGAGAUUCCCUGGAAACACUUGCAUCCCCUGUGGGGACUGUGGAAACCCCCAGUGGUGUGACCUUGCGUGUCUCCAAGUCCGGUGCAGUGGAGGAAUGUGGCGGCUGCGCAGAGUUUUUGGUCCCCAGAUCGGUCACCUCCGUCCUCUCAGAAGGAUGCACUCUUUCGGUGUCGGCAGCAGCUUUGCAAGUGACCAGAAUCUCCCCCGAGGUGCUCCUGGUAUUUGGAGUUGUUCUGGUCCUCGGUGUGGGACUUGUGUGCAGCACCUCCGUGCUGAGUGAUGAGGGCACAGGCAGAGAAGUGGUGCAGCUACUCCCUGAUAAUGUGGAGUAAAGAGGGGAGGCGGGGGUUACUGCAGGUUGAGGGACCCGGGGAAGGAGGACUUGUCCAUGACACGUCUUCAGGAGCUUUGCCCAAAAGUGUGGUCAUCUCUCAGGAAACUCUCAGAGCCAGCGAGAUCCCUGCCCAGGAGGCUGUGGCUCCCAUUUCCCACACAGACUCACCAUGCAGCCCCGCAUGACCUGCCUGCGCCACAGCGUCCAAAGAAGUCAUCAAGAAAUACUGUUUUCCCCUGCACCUCCUUCUGUUCUUUCCCAUUUCUCAUCUGGGUUGCGAAGGGGUAAACUUUAACUGAGAAGGACUGAAUUUGUGCCCCAGGCUUCUGGAAGCGCCACCCAGCUCUGCGACUCUCAUAGAAAGAAAUGGCCUGCCGAUCACCAGUUCCACCAAAAUAUACAGGUUACGCUUCAGCUACAGGAAAUACUCAAUAUUCUGCAACUUUCACUGGACACAGUGUGGCCACCCUGCUACCUCCCACUCAGCUAGUCACACAGAGCAGCCCAAGUCCCAUGGACACAGCUCAGUCCAGUGGACUCAACCAGGUCUUGGGCCAUCAGGGCUUCCCCUAAGUGCAGAGAAGCCAGCACCUGAACCUCUGAGAUUUCAGUUAUGAAUCAGAGUCUAAGGCCGUGAUCUAACAACACUGCGUGUCUCCACUUACUCUUUUAUAAAGCCAAGGACACAGAGUGACAGAAACGACCCCUUUCCCACUUGUCUGCCUGCCCCUACCCCCUGCUUCAGCUCGCCCACUUGAGGCUCUUCACCAUCAGAAACUGUGUCGAGGUCAAUGACUUGGGGAGAAUACAGCAGAGCCUGGGACCUCUCCCACAUCCAUUUCAACACAGGCCGCACCCUCAGGGUCCAGGGCAGUUGGUGCCAUGCAUCCCUGGACAGUCAGUGGCAUGGGAGUGACUGCCAUGGGCACACCAGUCCUCACCAGCACAGGGGCUGGGCAGGGCUCUCUCUCAACUCUUGCCACAGUACAGGACCCCUCCUGAAGCAACUCUGACAAGUGCCCAGGCCCUCUGCACUAGGAGAGACUGCACCAUCUCCAGGAGAGAAAGGAGUGGGGCCUGGGUCUCAGCCACACCCAUCCCCCCACCUUCCUUGUUCUCAGAGGAGAGUUCCCGGUGUCCCCCCCACACUGUGGGCUUCCUAGAAUCCAGUGUAGAUGAACUCAGAACAGCCCUCAGGCAGGAGAGCUUUAUUUGAGUCUGUCUGCAGUCUGGUUGUAUAGUUUACUAAAGUUAGAUCAAGUCAAAUAGAUUUGAUCUAUUCCUGUGCUUAUGAGGGGACUUCAGGAAGUCCCUGGGGAAAUGGAUCGGAAUGAUGUUUAUUGUGAUGCAGAAACUGUUUAAAAUCCAUGCAGUUUUUUCAUACUGUACAUGCCCCUUGGGUCCUUGAAGACCCCUCAGCCACAUGCACCCCAAAAAGUUUACACCAAAAUUUGCUUUUCUUUUAACUCUGCUUCCCACAAGCUGUUAACAAAUGUUUAUUUAUGCACUUAAAGCAAGAGACAGAGACAAGACGGAUGGACGGACGGACAGAGAGAUCUUCCCUCUGCUGGGCUCCCUCUCUAAAUGCCUGCGACAAAACAGUAAAACUAAAAUAAACAAAGUGACAUCAAACACAGUGACAGGUGUCUUUGAACCCUCCUUGUAAAUAGCCUGACUUCCUGUCAGGAUGAAUUAGUAACCGCCCAUCUUAUAUUAAGUUUUGAAAAAAAAUGACUGAGCCUGGGUAUAUUUUUUCAAGACAUUCUUCUGCCAGUUGGCUAAAAGUUAAUUCAUUUAUCAAAACUACAAAAAUACUUAACUCAUACAAACCAUGCUGCUGGAUGCAUUCAUAUAGAAUGGUAUCAGAUUUUUUCAUAAUAAAAUACAUGUGAAAAGAAAAAUAAAUAAAAAAUGGCUGCAACAGCCAGGAUUGGGCCAGGCCUAACCUGGGAGCCAGGGCUUCAAUCUAGAUCUCCCCUAUGAGUGGCAGGGGCCCAUACAUCUGAGCUAUUACCUGUUGCCUCCCAGGGUGUGCCUAGCAAGAAGCUGGAAUUGGAAGUAGAGAGAGGUCUCACACCCAGGCACUGCAAUAUGAAAUGGAGGAACCCCCAUGGUGUCUUCAUUGCUCUGCCAAACACCUGCCUUCUACGAGCUUUUUAAAAUAUUCUCCUACAGCUACAGGUUUUGUUUUUGUUUUUGUUUUUUAAGAGAUUGAUUUAUGUAUUUGAAAAGCAGCAUUACAGAGAGAGAGGGAAAGACAGAGAUAUCUUCCAUUGCUGCUUCACUCCUUAGAUGGCUGCAAUGGCUCAGGGUUGGGCCAGGCAGAAGCCAGGAGUCAGGAACUUAAUCUGGGUCCCCCAUGUGGGUGGCUGUGGGGAGCAACUCGGACUAUACUGUUACUGGAAUUAAGACUUAUUCUAUAUAUCUGCUCUCCCACAAUAUAGCGCUGGGAGAGGAGCAAACAGCUUCUACCCAGCUGCCUCUCACCAACUUGACAAGCUGCAGGAGCUGCUCCUGAUUGGAGGAGAGCAGCGUACUCGGCGUGUGGGUAGCAGAGUUGGGAUUGGCGGAGGAGGACUAUAAAGGAGGAGAGAGACGGCAUUCACCAGGAACAUCUAAGGGGAACAUCUAAGGGAACACCUGUGCAGCCCCCGAGAAGAGCCGGCCGGCGGUGUGCCGCUCCCCCGCGGAAGUGGGGAAAGUGGCAGGGGGAACCGCCCUUCCACGGUGGUGGAAGGGAUGGUAGCCAACCCGGGAAGAACCAGCAGCAAACCCGGGGAGGGCCGAGCAGACAAAAGAACAACGCAGGGUCCUGUGUCGUUCCUCCACGAAGACGGGGAGCGACAUAAUGGUGCCGUGACUUGGAUGUGAAGCUUAGGCAGGGUUUAGUGUCGUUCCUCCACAAAGAGGGGGAGCGACAGGUGGCAAAGGCCCAAGCACUUGGGCCAUAUUCCACUGCUUUCCCAGGCACAUUAGCAGGGAGCUGGAUCAGAAGUGAAGCAGCCAGGACUAGAACCAGCACCCAUAUGGGAUGCUGGCAUUGCAGGCAGCAGCUUUACCUGCUACACCCCAGCGGCGGCGCAGCUACAGUUCUUAGAAGGAGUCAGUCCAACAUAACAGGAAUUCUCAUUAUUACAACUGAGUGACCUAUGGCUAUGAGAUGAAUACAUGGAAGGAAACUUGUCUGUGGACAAGGCAGACUGGGACAUCAAGAGCAGUUUCUAUGGGACUAUUCGCUGUCCCUGAGACCCUGACAGCGACAGUUGUCAUCUUUAGGGGUAAAGGAAUCCUUUCAAAACCGAAUCCAGUGUCUAGGCUGAUGCUAGAACCACAGGAACCUCAAAACAUACCAUAGGGAGUCAAUAUGUAAUGUUCAGAGGAAGCAGCCAGGAAGGCAGAGACAUAGCAAGGGCUAUGUCCAAUGAGGCACUUUUCCCUCUCUUUGUAGCUAGUUCCUCAGAUAAAAGAAAGGAUAGAAGACAUGGAUGGGGGUGCAUUUUGGUACCCAUGGGUGAGCAUUUGGCUUAGCAGUUAAGUCACCAGUUGGGAUCCACCAGCCUGCAUCCCAUAUCAGAAUGCCAGCUCCAGCUCCCUCUAAUGCAGACCCCAGGAGUCAGCGGUGAUGGCUUAAACACUUGGGUCUCUGCCAUCCACAUGGGAGAUCUGGAUGGAGUUCCUGGCUUUAGCCCCGGCUCAGUCCCAACCACUGUGGGCAUUUAGAGAGUAAACCAGUAGACUGAAGUGCGCAUUCUCUCUCUCUUGUAAAUAAAAUUAAACACACACACACACACACACACACACACACAUUUCUGGUACCCAGGUUCCUGAUGGCCAGAUGUUUCCCUCACAUCUCAAUGGCAGCUCGAGUUUGUGUCCAUGGCGGGGGGUGGGAGGGCCUCUAAAUCCUCCCCUGGGACAGGUCUUGACCCAAGAAAAGUGGGGGCUUGGUUUCCUUACCCUGGGGUGAUGUCCUCUACAGUCUUGUUUUCCCAGUUCCCAGACCCAUCCAGGCAUCUCCAGCCACAGUGAUUAACUACCAUCACUGAAGCACUGAACUAGACAUGUACUACAAGUGGCCUUCGAACACUCCUGGAAAACGUGUAUGAUGAAAAAACGAUGCAUGGGUUUCCAAAGUUUUUUGCACCAAAAUAAAUCUACGGUUGAAUUCCAUUUUCCAGCAGUGUUUCUGAAGAACCUGCGUACAUGCAGAGACGCAUACACACACACACACACACACACACACACACACAUCCAUGCACAUGCUGUCAUGUUUAUUCACGAAGAGUUGUGCACUCAAAAUGCACAUACUUAGAGUCUCACAUGUAUCCGCAGACUCACACACAUUCACACUUUCAGCUACUCACAAAGCACCCACAGACACACAGACACACUAACACUCAGACUCCCCACAGUCAGACUCCCCACACUCACACGCACUGGGCAGGGACUCAAGUCCUAGAGCUCUGGGCUUCAUCCUAGAUCUGCCUCAACUCCCUUCUUAAAGCCUGUUUCCCCACAGGAAAGGCAGAAUACUAAAUACACAACAAAGCAGGAUACACAUGCCCAGUUGGUGCCACGAGGUUUAACAGAUGAGUUAGCUGUGAAUGCAGAGCAACGGCUCCCCACCCUUGCAAGUCACAGCUUCACUGACCUGCCCCGCCCCACACUCACGCACCCCUGAUUCCCAACCCUGUGUCUUUUCUCCUUGUCGCCGUCUCAGUACUGCCUGGUGUGCGCAGCACCACCACGGUUUAUGCUGUGUCUGCCUUCACGGAAUGCCAGCUCAGCAGAGGUCUUCGUGCACAGCCAGAACCCCAGUGCCCAGAACACUGCUUGGCACGUGGUAGCUACUCAAUAACUAUUCCCUGGGCAAAUAAAUGUCUUCCAGGGGACUUCAGAAAGUUCACAGAAAAAAAAAACAGAAUGAACAAUAAGUUUACUUUGGGUGUGGGUAUUUAGUUUAACAGUUGGGACACCUACAUCCCAUGGCUCCUGACUCCAGCUUCCUGCUGGAGGUGGCAGUGAUGGCUCAAGUAGUUGGGUUCUUGACACCCAUGUUGGACAUUUAGGUUGCAUCUUCUGCUUCCUGGCCCUGGCACUCAGCCCAGUCUCCUGUUGCAGGCCUUUGGGGAGGGAACAACCAGUAGAUGGCAGCUAAGUGUGUGUGUGUGUGUGUGUGUGUGUGUAGGUAUGUGUGUCUCAAAUAACUUCUAAAAGAGAACUUGAUUUUGGUACAAAAAGAUCUUGAAAUUCAUUCAUAUUUUCCAUAGCACGCAUUUUCCAUGAAGUUUUAGAGGGCCCUUUGUAUGCAUGGAUUUCAAGACUUUUUGCAGCAAAACAAGCUUUUUAAAAAAUUUGUUUAAUUUUCUUUGAAAGGCAGAGAGACACAAAAAAGGCAGAGAUAGAUAGAAAUUUUCCAUCUACUCAUUCAUUCCCCAGAUGCUUUUAACAACCUGGGCUGGGCCAGGCCAAAGCUGAGGGCAGGUCAUCCCAUCCAGAUCUGUCCUAUAGGUGGCAGAGACCCAAGGACACUCACCUGCUGUCUCCCAGGGUAUGCACAAGUAGGGAGCUGGAUGAGGAACAGGGACUUGAAUACAGGCCCUCGGGAACAGGAUGUGGGCAUCCCAAACAGUAUCUUAGCCAUGGCAUCAAAAUAAGUUUAUGCUUUUAGUUUUGUUUUCCCAUGAACUUUUUGGAGUACCCUCCUAAGUACAGUAAGCAUUCAGUACACAGGGGAGGGCCCAUCCUGACAGAGUAGAAGGGCACAGGGCCCUUUCAGCAUGAGGAAAAGGAGGACCCACACACACAGGAGGUGGAGAUUCCUCCUUGUGCGGGGGUGAGAGAGGAGGUGCUUCUCCCGUCUCCUGGGGAAGGCAAGGACAGCUCUAGAACCCAGGCACAGAGGAAGAGGGAAGCACCCUCUAAUGUGGCUUUGCUUCUCUUUGUUUUUAAUAUUUAUUUUUUGUUUUAUUUAGAAGGCUCAGAGGGACCGACGCCACGGCUCAAUAGGCUAAUCCUCCACCUGCGGUGCCAGCACACUGGGUUCUAGUCCCGGUCAGGGCGCCGAAUUCUGUCCCGGUUGCCUCUCUUCCAGGCCAGCUCUCUGCUGUGGCCCGGAAGCGCAGUGGGGGAUGGCCCAAGUGCUUGGGCCCUGCAGCCGCAUGGGAGACCAGGAGAAGCACCUGGCUCCUGGCUUUGGAUCAGCGCAGUGCACCGGCCGCAGCGUGCAGGCCGCAGCAGCCACUGGAGGGUGAACCAAUGGCAAAGGAAGACCUUUCUCUCUAUCUCUCUCACUGUCCACUCUGCCUGUCAAAAAAAAAAAAAAAAAAGGCACAGAGGGAGAGACAGACAGACACAGACAGAGAGAGAGACAGAGAGAGAGAGAUCUCUUCCAUCCACUGGUUUACUUCCCAAAUGGCUACAAUGGCCAGGGAUGAACCAGGUCAAAGCUGGGAACCUAGACUCCAUCCAGUCUCCCAUGUGAGUGCAGGAGCCCAAGUACUUGGGCCAUCCUCUGCUGCUUUCCCAGGUGCAUUAACAUGGAGCUAGAUCAGAAGUGGAGCAGCCAGGACUUGAGCAGGCACUGAUAUGGGUUUCUGGU